AUGGCCGAGAGUCCAACUCCAAGCCCUUCGGCACCGAAGUGCCUUAGAAUUAAGAAUCCCAAAGUUCUUACUGAAGAUGAACUGCGUGCAUUAGCAUACUUAUCAAGCUCGAGUGAUGAAGAGCCAUUACCGGACUCGGGCAGCAUCUGGAACAUCCGACGAGCGCCAAGAUGCAAUGUCUACUGCCUCUCAAAGCGAUAUGGAGCUGUUGGAUGUUGUGGGAAAUGA